CAUUUCUUUGAUCUUGCAGUGAAGUCCUUUUUUGUACGGUACAAGAUGCUGUUGAUUUUUUAAAGCAAAAAAUAUCUUUUUAAAUAGCUUGAAUUGAGUAGUUAAGCUUCCCCGACUAAGUUCCUCUGCUUCACUAUCUUCAUAUGCAGUGGUGGUUUGGUUUUAAAUGUAAAAGAAUAUACUAUAUUAUUUUGAAUGUUUAAGUAAGAUUUAUAUAUUAUGGCCAGGAGAUGUUUUAGAGCCCGGAUAUUCAGUAUAGUUUACAUUAAUUCUUCAAUAUUGCAGAGUUAAAAACAGACUAGAGAAAAUAAAGAAUUCCAAAUUUGGUUGAUUGAUAGAAAUUGUAAUUUCUGAUAUAGAUUGGUUGAUUUUGAUAUUAUUUAUUUUGAAAAAAUACUGAGACAAUGUGAGAAAGAAAAAGUUAGGAAUAGUAGUAAAGGUGGUUGAAAGAGAUAUGGGUCUAUGAGGUGCUGAUGGAAAAGGGAUAUCCGGUAUUUAGAAAUAAUUGUUAAAAGAAAAGCCGUGUAAGGGUCGAGAAACAUCCUUCUACGGCAGAAUGAGCAUUCCAAGGUCAAAUUACCUUGAAAACUAAAGAAAACAAAUUUCUCUAACUAAACUAAAAUAAUUUCUUAAAUUAACCUUUUAAAUAACAACAAUAUUUAAAGUAUAAUCUAAAGAGAUUAACCAACAAAAAUAUUGGAUACGAAAGUAAACCACAAGUAAAUAAUCUCUGUCUCUAUUUUUGUGCAUCAAGAAAAGUUAUAAGAUUUUAAUAGUUGUUUUUUAUGGCGGUUAGAUGUUAAGUUGUGUGUUUAUGUUAAUUGGGCUCAGCCCAUUCUGUCUAUAGGGUUUAACCCUUAUCUUACAUUAUAAAUAAACUACCCUAUUUGUAUGCAAAAACAAGGGAGAUUAAUCCCAUAUAUAUUUUUCACUAUAUUCAACAUGGUAUCUAGAGCUUAGGUUUUCUUCCAGCCAGUUCCACAGUCUUCGGUACCCAUCGCCGCAGUCGCUGCAGUCGUCGCCGUUGUCGUCGUCGCCACUGCUGCCGCUGCCAGAGAUCCAGAAUCGAUCGGCGACCACUCCAUCUGAAUCGUCUCGGCCGGGCGACCACCGUGGUGCAAAGAUUGCGGUGAUCGAACCACCUACGCGCCUCCACGUGCCGCCUCAAAAGUCGCAGAUCCGCCGCUUCCCGCCGCGUGUGACGGUGCAUCGCCGGAGCUUUCCGCCGCCAACCAGAGCUGCCGUGAUCGCCUCCUCGUCCUCUUUCAGGAUCUAUUGUCGUUGCAUCAAUCGGAGCACUUUGGAUUUUUAGGGUUUCUCCCUCUCCAUGGCUACCCAAUGUGAUGAUCGGAGUCGGUCUCGCCAGCCAAGUAAAGGACGUCUAAAAUGUGACCAUUGUUGCAAGCUAGGCCACAAAAUUGAUAGAUUUUAUGCGCUUCAUGGACGUCCUCCUCGACCUAUUGCAAUGGCUAAUUUUGAUCCACCUCCCCGAUCACCGUCUGCAGACCAUCCUACUUCAUCAAAUACCAUAAACAACCUUGCACUCUUUCAAGAAUUUCUCAGAUGGUAUGGGGACCGUCAGCACUCUAGUUCCACUACAUCUACUUCUGUUACACACGCACAGGACCGGAGUUCGAAACACAUGAUUGGCACGGGAUGUGAGUCUCAUGGUCUAUAUCAUCUCCGCCCUUCUCCACAUGCUGGCGUAAUCAUGGAGUCACUAUCCCUUCUUCAUGCUCGGUUACGUCAUCCCAGUGUUGCCAAACUGCAGCAACUUAUUCCGAGUUUGUCGAAAUUAUCAAGUUUGUCGUGUGAUUCUUGUCAGUUAGGAUCGUCCUUCAACUCCACCCCUUCAGGUUUAUAGUUGCUGCAAUCGUCUCCCUCAUGACUCACUUCCAGUGCCGCCUCCUAUGUCUCCUC